AUGGAUCAAUGGAAUUUACUAUCAAAUUUGUCACAUUGUUAUGAUGAAUAUAGUGGAUUGUCAAUAGGUGAACAUUUUAUGCGUCAACAAAUUUCUUUACCUAUUAAGAUGCGUUUUAAAAGUACACCAGUGAUCGAAUUUAUCAAAAUUUUAUUGAAUGAAACUCAACGAUUAUAUAAAAAUAAUCGAGAUUUUCUUAGUUUAUCUACAGAUGAUCGUUCUAUAUUACUUCAUACUACAAUUAAACAUAUAGGAAGUCUUUCUUCAAAUUUUAUUUACCAUAAAAUUCAAUUGUUCAGUUAUCCGUCUUAUUAUGAUGCUGUUGGAAUAGUUGCUACUCCACCUGCAAUAGCUGCUACUAAACGUAUAGCAGAUCGACUUGAUUUUGAUAUAAUCGUUAUGAAACUACUUCUUUCCAUUCUUUGUUUCUCAACAAAUCAAUAUACAGUUUAUUCAAAUAGUCGAUCUGUUAAUUUAUCAAAUAUAAAACAAAUUUUACAUAUUCAAAGUAGAUAUACUGAACUACUCUGGCAAUAUUUAGUCUAUAAAUAUAAUUUUCAAGGAGCUGUUAAAUGUUUUUCUAAUCUUAUAAGAUGUUUAUUUGCUGUCAAUGAUACUAUUGUUAAAACAGAAGAAGUUCAAUGGCUCACAGAUAAAUUCGAUUUGCUUGUCCAAAAGACCGAACAAACUCUUACUAUCAACGAUUAA